AUGUCUCAGAUGUUUCAGUCCCUGAUCCAAUAUCAUCAUCAAGAGUGUUCCCCUCCCCACCCCGUCAGUGCCACUAAAUACUUCCUUCCGCUUCCUUCUCUCCGCCAUGGAGGUUUGCGCAUUCGCUUCUCCUUCACCAUGUCUUCCCACACGACUUUCAGGAUCAAGAGGUUCCUGGCCAAGAAACAAAAGCAGAAUCGUCCCAUUCCUCAAUGGAUUCGGAUGAAAACUGGUAAUAAAAUCAAGUACAACUCGAAGAGACAUUGGAGAAGAACCAAACUGGGCCUAUGAGAAAUCACACGUGAGAGAUGACUCACAUAUUUAUGCUGUAUCCAGAUUGCCUACACCCUUAAAUGAUUGAAAAGAUGCUACUGUCUGGACAGUUGGGGCAUUUUAAUUGGAAGAUUAAUGAACUUGUGAUUUUGCUCUGUUGAUUUUUUUCCCCUGAAAUAGUAGGUUGGUUCAGUAAUAAAUGUGUGAAAGCUUUAUAAAAAAAAAAAAAGUGUUCCCCUAGGCCAGUGGUCGGCAAAUCGCAGCUCGU